AUGAGAUUAAAAACUGUCCAGUUCCAUGACUUGAAUGACAAUGGCCUUCAUUUUUGUCCCCCCCCUCCCCCAAACCUGCAAGGUGCCCAGGUCAGGCUGGUCAAUGGGAAUGGGUCCUGCUCUGGGAGAGUGGAGAUCUAUCACAACAGCCAGUGGGGAACAGUGUGUGAUGACAACUGGGAUAUGAAUGAUGCUAAGGUGGUCUGUAAACAGCUGGGCUGUGGGAGUGCUAAGUUCCCAGGGUCUGCCUACUUUGGUCAGGGCACUGGGCAGAUCUGGAUGGAUGAUAUUGAAUGCUCUGGUAGUGAAAGCACACUCAGACAGUGCUCACACACUACAACACAUAACUGCAAUCAUGGUGAAGAUGCUGGAGUUGUCUGUUCAGGUGCCCAGGUCAGGCUGGUCAAUGGGAAUGGUCGCUGCUCUGGGAGAGUGGAGAUCUAUCACAACAGCCAGUGGGGAACAGUGUGUGAUGACAACUGGGAUAUGAAUGAUGCUAAGGUGGUCUGUAAACAGCUGGGCUGGGGUGCUAUGAGUUCCCCAGGGUCUGCCUACUUUGGUCAGGGCACUGGGCAGAUCUGGAUGGAUGAUAUUGAAUGCUCUGGUAGUGAAAGCACACUCAGACAGUGCUCACACACUACAACACAUAACUGCAAUCAUGGUGAAGAUGCUGGUGUUGUCUGCCUCUCAGUUGUCUUGUUACAGCCCAACAUCUCUCUCAAUGCUCCAAAUGGAGGGAUAUUCUGGGGACUUCAGGGGCCAGAGGUGACCAGGGGCCACAGCUUCUCCAUCACCUGCUCCAUUCAGCCACAGUAUCCUGGAGGCCUCUUCUAUCUGGACUUCUCUGGGUCCAACAGGACUGAAACUGAGCCAGCAGUCAACCACUCUGCCUCCUUUCACUUUCCUGUUGCAGACUAUACAGACCAGGGGAACUACAGUUGUGUUUAUGAAGUUAAUGUCUCCACCCUGUCAUUCCAUUCUACCAAGACAGAGUUGCUGACAGUCGGCAUUCGAGGUGCCCAGGUCAGGCUGGUCAAUGGGAAUGGGUCCUGCUCUGGGAGAGUGGAGAUCUAUCACAACAGCCAGUGGGGAACAGUGUGUGAUGACAACUGGGAUAUGAAUGAUGCUAAGGUGGUCUGUAAACAGCUGGGCUGUGGGAGUGCUAUGAGUUCCCCAGGGUCUGCCUACUUUGGUCAGGGCACUGGGCAGAUCUGGAUGGAUGAUAUUGAAUGCUCUGGUAGUGAAAGCACACUCAGACAGUGCUCACACACUACAACACAUAACUGCAAUCAUGGUGAAGAUGCUGGAGUUGUCUGUUCAGGUGCCCAGGUCAGGCUGGUCAAUGGGAAUGGUCGCUGCUCUGGGAGAGUGGAGAUCUAUCACAACAGCCAGUGGGGAACAGUGUGUGAUGACAACUGGGAUAUGAAUGAUGCUAAGGUGGUCUGUAAACAGCUGGGCUGUGGGAGUGCUAUGAGUUCCCCAGGGUCUGCCUACUUUGGUCAGGGCACUGGGCAGAUCUGGAUGGAUGAUAUUGAAUGCUCUGGUAGUGAAAGCACACUCAGACAGUGCUCACACACUACAACACAUAACUGCAAUCAUGGUGAAGAUGCUGGUGUUGUCUGCCUCUCAGUUGUCUUGUUACAGCCCAACAUCUCUCUCAAUGCUCCAAAUGGAGGGAUAUUCUGGGGACUUCAGGGGCCAGAGGUGACCAGGGGCCACAACUUCUCCAUCACCUGCUCCAUUCAGCCACAGUAUCCUGGAGGCCUCUUCUAUCUGGACUUCUCUGGGUCCAACAGGACUGAAACUGAGCCAGCAGUCAACCACUCUGCCUCCUUUCACUUUCCUGUUGCAGACUAUACAGACCAGGGGAACUACAGUUGUGUUUAUGAAGUUAAUGUCUCCACCCUGUCAUUCCAUUCUACCAAGACAGAGUUGCUGACAGUCGGCAUUCGAG